AUGCAUUUUUAAUUAUCUUAAAACAUGAGCUUAGACUUAAGAAGUCCUGUAGAAGAUGGUGUUGAUGAUGACAUAAGCUCAACAGAAUAACUAUGUGAUGAUUCAGUUGAAUCGUUAGAAGAAUUCCUUCCGAAAAUUCAUCAAAAAUCAAAUCCAUCUUUCAUUAUGGAAGAAAAGAUAAUUCAAUAUCUCAAACAAUUAAAUUUGCUAUUUAAAACUGAUCCAAGAAAAAAAGAAUUUGAAUAUUAGUAUUAUUUGUUUGUUACACUAGUGAAAAAUAAAAAAAAACAAUACCUCAGUUUUUAGGUUCUGUUGAGGGCUCACCUGCUAUAAAAAGUAUCAAAUCAAAAACUAAAUAAAUGAUACUAUAUAAAUAACACUGA